CCAUUUCUCUCCUCUUCCUCCUGCCUGCCACCCGAUCCCCAACCCAGGAGGAAGCCCCGGCGCGAGGAGGGCGAGGAAGAGAGGAGGAGAUCACCGAGGCCUCACGCACAGGGCAGCAGUCGUCGCGAUCCCGCGCAGGAGCCGAGAUGGGGCUCACGUUCACCAAGCUCUUCAGCCGCCUCUUCGCCAAGAAGGAGAUGAGGAUCCUCAUGGUCGGUCUCGACGCGGCCGGUAAGACCACCAUCCUCUACAAGCUCAAGCUCGGCGAGAUCGUCACCACCAUCCCCACCAUCGGAUUUAAUGUUGAAACUGUCGAGUACAAGAACAUUAGUUUCACAGUUUGGGAUGUCGGGGGUCAGGACAAGAUCAGGCCCCUGUGGAGGCACUACUUCCAGAACACCCAGGGCCUUAUUUUUGUGGUGGACAGCAACGACAGAGAGCGUGUUGUUGAGGCCAGAGAUGAGCUUCACCGGAUGCUCAAUGAGGAUGAGUUGCGUGAUGCUGUGCUUCUGGUGUUCGCAAACAAGCAAGAUCUUCCUAAUGCCAUGAAUGCUGCUGAAAUCACUGAUAAGCUUGGCCUGCAUUCCCUUCGCCAGCGACACUGGUACAUCCAGAGCACAUGUGCUACCUCUGGUGAGGGUUUGUACGAGGGGCUUGACUGGCUGUCCAACAACAUUGCCAACAAGGCUUGAAGCAUCUUGGCAGGAGCUUCUUCUAUUAUCUGGAUAAGCUGGAUGAUAUUCGGAUUAAUGCUGCCUUUACGUAUUAUAAACUAUAGUCUUGACAGAUAAUGUGCGUGUUUCGGGAAAGAUCAGCUCUUUGUGAGAGAGCUAACUAUCAGAAUGUUUUCAUGGGUGUUAAUUGUCAGUGGCGCUGUUUGUUUGCCCAUCAAAGUUCUUACUAUGUCCUUUGUACCCGCCAACUCUGAGAGACUUGAGACGUUGUAGUAUUGACUUGUCUUGCCAUAGAUUGUUGUGAAUGUUUCUUCCAA